CAUACGAAAGGCCAGUUGGUAGCUGCGAUAUGAGCGUUACAGAUCCCAUUGCCGAUAUGCUGACCAGGAUAAGGAACGCCGUUGCUGUGCGCCACGACGCGGUUGUUAUGCCAGGUUCAAACGCGAAGGUGGCCUUGGCGCGUAUUAUGAAGGAUGAAGGCUUCAUAGACGACUUUGAGGUGCUGCGCAGCGGCGUACGUCGCACGCUCAGGAUACGUUUGAAGUACAGAGGCAAAGAGGAGCCGGCCAUAUCAGGGUUGAAGCGAGUGAGCAAGCCGGGGCUGAGGAUCUAUAUUGGCAAGAAGGAGAUACCGCGCAUUUAUGGCGGGAUGGGCGUGGCCAUUAUAUCCACAUCACAAGGAGUAAUGACCGGCUCGGACGCUUGGCGACGCGGUAUAGGAGGGGAAUACCUGUGUUAUCUGUGCCGUGGUACGCUAACCCAGUCCUUUAACCCGGACAUCUCCAUCUCCCAGGAGGGCGACUUCCUUCGCGUGGCGAGGCCGACCGACCAGAGGGAACACAGGGCCUUCCACGGCCUGACAAGAGCCCUUUUGUCCAACAUGGUCAUCGGCGUCAGCGAGGGAUACCGGCGGACGCUGGAGCUGGUGGGCGCCGGAUAUCGAGUCCAGCAGUCGGGCGAUAACGUGGUAUUGCAGGUGGGCUACAGCCACCCUGUAGAGAUCAUUCCAUUGCCUGGACUGACCCUCACAGUAGAGGGCAACAACCGCGUCCAUGUUGAGGGCAUCGACAAGCAGGCGGUGGCGAGAUGGCGGCCCAGAUAA